ACUACUGUAUUUGGUUUCAUCUCGAAUCAAAGGUCAUGACCUUUGUCCCGGAUUUGAACAAAAUGGCGACACGAGAAAGUUUUGUGAUUUCAGUAUAUUGAGAAUGAAGUGAAGAUCAACUCAGUAUGGCUACAGUUCAGAACCAGAGCCCCUACAUCAUCAGUAGUGACAGUGAAACAGAGGAUUCUGGGAUCGGGAAAGGCGUGAAGAAGCACGGCAAGGCAGGUCGGAGGUCACCAAUAGUCUUCACCCGAGCACUCUCAAGUUCAAGUGAAAGUUCUGAUGGGGACAGCAGUACAAGUAGAGUACAGAAACCAGCACCAGUGUCUCAGUCCCCGGACCGGAACUGCUCCAUCUGUCUGCAACAGUUCCAGAAUAAGGCUUUCACAGACAACUGUUUCCACUCCUUCUGUUACGCCUGCAUCAAGGAGUGGUCAAAGGUUAAGGCAACAUGUCCCCUGUGUAAGACAGAUUUCCAGUCGAUCAUCCACACUGUGAAGUCCAUAGAUGACUACCAGCAGGACUACCUACUGCCACUGGGGAAUGGAACCUUUGGUACCAUAGAUGGUCAGAGGUUCAGGUACAGAACCACGCUCAACUUGGGGCGGCGGAUGAUCACAGAAUCACGAAGGAGAAUCGAUGAGCAGAUGGCCAUCUUCCACAGCUACGCCCGCCACGAGGUGAUCCACCGCGGCCACUAUCGUCCCGAGAGGAGAAUGUCUGCAAUAUCCAUACGCAAACGGGUGUACUCUCGGGGACUACGAGCAAGAGGUGUGCAGGGGGAUGAGGGUAGGACCAGGGACAUCACAGCAGAGUUCUACAGGAGUAACCCAGCAGUUACACACAGGCUUGUACCUUGGCUGAGUCGAGAGCUGGAAGCGUUGGUGGCCAGUAGAGACAUUGUAGACUUCCUACUGCAGCUCAUUGUAACAGUCAUCCAACAGGUUGACUUGGGAAGCUCCACCAUCAAGCACACCCUAGAACCAUACCUCCUCCACAGAACUGACCACUUCCUGCACGAGUUCACGACUUUUGCCAAGUACCCUUUUGACAUGGCUGCCUUUGACAGAAACGUCAUUUAUGAGUCUCCAAUUUUUGGCGACGUUUCGCCCAUAUCCUCACCCCACACACCAAAUUUUGACCGUUUGACUCCCCCGGAACUUCGCAACGUUGGCCCUACACCGUACGUGCCUCCAGUCAGCAGUGUUGGUAACAUCCCAACAUCUUACCUGAACUGGGCACCCAGGCACUCCACGUGGGACAGCCCCUCGGUCACCCCGAGGACCCAGCCCGGCAGUUCGGUGACCAGUACGUCUGGGUGGGACGAUGAGACUCCGGGGCCUUCAGGGAUGAACCCUGACCUCGAGCCAACUGUGCCUCCUACUAAGACAGCUAAGGCUGAGACAGAAGCACCAGAGCUAAUAUCUAUUAAGGUUGAACCCAACCUUAACCAUAGCCCUGCCAACAGCUCCAGUGGGGACUCUGUUGUCUUCACUGGCUAUGUUAAACCACUGGCAGAGAGAACACCAGAUGCGUUCAUCAGUCUAUCCUCAGGGUCGGAGGACGAAGCUCCUCAAGACAAGAACAACACAGCACAACCAAAGUCACCCAGGCGUAGGUAUCGCUCAAGGUCAAGGAACAGAAGGUCAAGGUCAAGAAGUAGAUCAAGGGAGGGGAGGUACAGGGACUUUUCCAGGAGGAACAGGUCAAGAAGUAGGACAAGGAGAAGAAGUCGGUCUAAUUCCAGAGGCAGAGGGCAUGUCAGGUCAAGGAGUAGGCCAAGAGACAGACGUCAAAGGUCACGGAGUAGGUCAAGUAGACGGUCCCGCAGUAGGUCUCCAAGUAGAGGCUGGUGGAGGAAUCGGGAGAAGGAGCGGCUGUUGAGCAAGCCAGGAGGGAAGAGGAAACAGAAAACAAGACACCUGGAGGGUUCUCCUGGUGAAUCUUACAGGGGAAGCCAUAGAGAGGGUACAGCAUCUUCAGAACAAAGGGGCUCUUCUCACUCCUCUCAUCAGCCUGCUGCAUCAAGGUCAAAGAACAGAGGUCAUGAAGGCAGGGACCAAGGCAGGUCACACAGGUCAAGAUCCACGGAAAGGUCAUGGAGGUCAACAUCAAAGGACAAGUCAAACAGGUCAAAGACAAAAGAGAGGUCUCAUAGGCCAAGGUCAAAAGAUAGGUCACCAGUCUCAAGAGAGAGGGAGUAUAGAGGUCGUUCACACAGGUCGGGGUCAUCGGACAGACAUCAGCUAACAUAUCAGCAGUCUCCUCGUUCUAGAGAGGAACAGAGUUCCCUAGCAAGGUACUCGGGCACGUUCAAGAACCCGGAUAGAACGCGCCGCCGAAGUCGCAGCUCUAGUCUGGAAGUUACCUACGAGGGGAAGAAGAAACAUGAUCAAUACCACAGGGACAGCCACAGCCACAGGAAACAAGACAAUGACUCAGAAGUCGAGGUCACCUUCUGCAAGAUGUCUUCCAAAGAGUCCAGAACAAGUAAGCACCACCACCACAAGAGUAAAAGGAAACACAAGCAUAAAAAGAAGAGCAAGAAGCACAAAAAGUCCAAGGAAAGAGAGAAAAGUGCUGCAAAGAAAAUUGAUGAUGUUUCCUCAACAGAUGACGUGGAGAGCAGUGUUGGUGAUGUGGAGUGUUUGAGUACUGUUUCUGUGUCUGAGAUAGGUGAUGGUUUAGAUGGUACUGAAGAGAGACAAGACCAGGCUGUGUCAGUUGUAAUAGAGCAGGACAUUAGAGACAAUAAUAAGGCACAGGACAGUCAGAAUGUGCAACACUGCCAAGAAUCCAACAUGAGUACAGACUGUCAGGACAAUGUGAAUUGUGAGCUGAGACAUGGAGAGGAAUCAGACUGUACAGGCAGAACAGAAGAGACGUGUUUACGUAGGACUGAAGAAAAAACAGAACCAGGAGAACACACUGUGAAUAUACACAGUGAGACAGCACCAACACUGACUGAUUCUGCAGGGUUAGAUUCUGUUAGCACGACAAAUGUGCCUGAUAAUAGCAAAGAUGGUCCUAAUGCAGAUAGCUUCCUAGAAAGAAAUGGUGACAACGACUUCUCCAAGUCACGUGUGUGCCAAUCAGAGAGAAGGGUCAUCAGGAGGUCACCUGAACAGGAAGUGAUGUCACAAGAAGGAAUGAUGGAAGAGGAAGUGACAUCACCAGAAAGAAGGUUGGAUACAGUUGUCAGUACACAAUGUACCCCAGGAUCCCACAGGAGGAUAGUCCUUACACCAAAGUGUCAAGAUGAAAGGAGAAUUAUAAUCUCAAAGAAUGGUGGGGGAAGGGAGUUAAAUGACAAACUGUGAACUAAAACUCUUCUGUGUUUAUAGCUUAGAAGGUUGCAGCACUGGUCCUUUCAAAUCUUUCUGAUGACGACCGAAAUAUAAAAGGAUGCUCUCUCAAAUGACAUGUGGCAUUUCACUUAAUACAUGUAUUUAUAAUGGUUGAAGACGAUCAAAUUUUUGCAAUGUCGUCAUGAAAUUUGAUCUGAACAGUGUUGGAACAUG